AUGGCGUUGGCAAGACCUGCAGCAGGCAGACCACUCAAAGAGUCGUUGGCUGCCCGUGCAAAUGAUGUUCCUAAUUGCAUAGUCUAUCCUGAACAAGAGGAGGGUGAUUCGUUCGAAAUCAGGCACCACAUGCUUGAGAUUUUACCAACAUUCCGUGGGCUACCUAAUGAAGAUGCGCACAUACAUAUUGCAAAAUUCAUUGUGGGUUGCAAAAACAUUUUGAUUAAGGGUUUUUCUGCUGAAGCUAUUAAGUUACGUAUUUUCCCAUUCACUUUGAAGGAUAAGGCAGAAACUUGGUUAUUCACUCUACCGGCAAAUAGCAUCACUACAUGGCAGCAGUUAUACACAAAAUUCCUGAACAAAUAUUGUCCAGCAUCCAAGACAUUGAAUUACAAAAGGGAGAUUUUGACAUUCACACAGAAGCCUAAUGAAGAGUUUUAUGAAGCAUGGGAGCGAUAUACAGAGAUGUACAUGAAGUGUCCACAUGCUAAUAUUGAUGCAGAUACACAGAUGAAUAUUUUCUUUGAUGGGCUUAAUCAUACAUCAAAAAGUCAUAUGAAUGCAUCAGCUGGAGGAUCGCUGUCAAAUAAAUCUGCAAGAGAGGCAUUUGAACUAUUUGAUAUGAUGGCUACAGAAUCUCAGCAAUGGGCAGCAGAACAUUCACAGAAAAGGGGCAUUUUUGAGUUAUCAGUUGGUUCUCCCAACAUGUCUGCACAAAUGGAAAAAAUGGAGAAGAAAAUUGAUGCAAAGUUUGAUAUUCUUCUACAACAUAUAGCAAAUUCUACACAGCAGCAGCCACCUGCAACAACAGUUUGCACUAUCUGCAGCAGACAUGACAUAAUGGGCUGCCCACAUAAAGAAUCUUAUCCGGAACUUGUUGAGCAACAUGUUAACAUGAUGAACAGCUAUCAAAGGCCUAGGAACGAUGCAUAUGCUCAUUACAAUCCAGGAUGGAGGGAUCACCCUAAUUUCAAAUGGGGUGACAAUCAGAACAAUCAGAAACCAUUCCAGCAUGCACAAAAACCAUAUGUUCCAUCUAGACCAUCUUUGGAUAAUCAACUUGCUAAAUUGGCAGCAACAACUCAAUCAUUCAUAGAAGGCAACAAUCAAAGAUUUCAAAAUAGCUAUGAAAAUCAUGAAAAUAGCACUGAAAAGGAUCAGCCAGCAGUGAAAAUUUAUGCAGAAAAUACUGAAACAGCAGCAGACCCUGCAGAUCCUGCAGAACAACAGAAACUGUCCAGUACAGAAACUGUCCCAGAACAAGUUUCAGAGCGUGUUUAUGAGGCCCCAAUUCCAUAUCCAGAACGUUUGAAGCCAAAAGCAAAAGAUAAGCAAUUGAGGGACUUCAUGCAAACGUUAUCUAAAGUUCAGAUUAACCUACCACUACUCGAUGCAAUCAAAAACAUUCCAUCAUGUGCCAGAUUUUUGAAAGAUGUGUGCACACACAAAAAGAAGCUGGUUGAUUUUGAAAAAUUCGUUCUUACUGAACAAUGCAGCGCAGUUCUACAGCACAAAUUGCCACCCAAAAAGGAAGAUCCAGGGAGUUUUACAAUUUCUUGCACUAUUGGAAAUUCAAAUUUUAAACGUGCAUUAAUUGAUUUAGGUGCUAGUAUUAAUUUAAUGCCUUAUUCUGUUUUUCAGAGAUUGGGCCAAGGAGAUCUAAAGCAUACAUCAGUUAUUCUCCAGCUAGCAGACCGUUCUGUUACUUAUCCUAGGGGGAUCAUUGAAGAUUUAAUUAUCAAGGUUGACAAUUUGUAUUUACCAGCUGAUUUCGUAGUUUUGGACAUGGAUGAAGAUUUGCAAACACCGAUUAUUUUGGGAAGACCAUUUAUGGCCACUGCCCGAACAUUGAUUGAUGUGGAAGCGGGCACUUUAACAUUGAGAGUUCAAGACCAAUCUGUGAUUUUUAGCCUAUUUGAAGCUGCAAAACGCCCAGAAGAACAAGAAUGUAUGCGGGUAGAUGUGUUAGAAGGUCUCAUUCAUGCAGAAAUUAUGACCAAAUUGACAUCAGAUCCACUAUUGAGUGUUUUACAUGGUCCAGAUACAGCACACACAGAGGAUGUGGAAAUUUUUGAGUAUGUAACAGCAUUAAAUAGUGUACCAGCCCAACCACCACGUUGGAGACAUGUUUACGAAAGUCUUGGAGAGCCAAAAACACCCCUACAACCUUCUACGUUACAGCCCCCAACACUGGAGUUAAAACCAUUGCCAGCACAUUUAAAAUAUGCACAUCUUGGGGCAAAUGAAACGCUGCCAGUUAUUAUUGCUUCAGAUUUGACAAGCACAGAAGAGGAAAAAUUACUGCGUGUUUUGAGAGAAUACCAAGAUGUUUUGGGGUGGACUAUAGCUGAUAUUAAGGGUAUAAGCCCAGCAUUUUGCAUGCAUAGAAUAUUGAUGGAGGAUGACGUAAAGCCUACUGAUCGGUUCAUAAUU